UUUUUUUUUUCCUUUUCUUUAUGAUUAUUGUGGAAUGUACUCACGAUUGAGGUCGAAUCCAUAUACCUCAUCGGUGUUGAAAGCUUUACCUUGGAUACCUGUUGUAGUUUUUUUUGUAGAUCAUGGGUUUAGCUACGCAACGGUAGAAGGAAGAUCUAUGCAGCCAACAUUUAAUCCAGAUACUAACAUGUUACAACGUGAUAUAGUUUUACUGAAUAAGUGGGCAGCAACAGAUCAUGAAUUUAGUCGUGGUGAAAUAGUGACUCUCAUUUCGCCAACGGAACCGAAACGGAUAAUAACUAAGAGGAUUAUUGCUUUACAAGGCGAUACAGUCAAACCACUUCGAUCAGAUAAACUUGUUCGUGUACCUCGAGGACAUUGUUGGGUAGAAGGGGAUGAAGCAUUCCAUUCAAAAGAUAGCAAUUCUUUUGGCACGGUCCCUAUUGCAUUAAUCAAUGCUAAAGUGACUCGUAUUCUUUGGCCUCCUUCUAGAUUUGGUGCUGUCGAAAAGAAACCUCUCUCAGAUCGUGUGCAAAUUGGAUUCAUUCAACCUGGAAAAGAUGAAGAUUUUUGGGGUUGAUCAUCUCACCUCUCUUUUCUUCCCUGUUUAUUAUUAUUAUUAUUUUUUUGUACUAUAUUUCUUUACUGUCCCACACACACACACUCUCUUCUACAUAUAGUUUUACUUCAUUCCUUUAUAGCAUCAUUUCUUCCUCCCUUUUUUUUUUUUCUUUUGUCCCUUCCAAAUCGAAGCAUCAAUCGAUUCUGUCAACAAUAAAACUAUUUCCUUACUUUUUGUGCUACUACUAUUAUCCUGUAUAAAUAAAAUCAACUAUUUUUUUUUAUUAAACGAAAAACCAGCCAAUAGAGGAAACGAC